AUGUCCGUCGCCGCGUCCACGUCCACUUUCGCCGGUAAGGCCAUCGCUCAAAAGGCUGUCGUGAAGACCUCCAAGGUCUCCACCGUCGUCAAGGCGAGCGCGAACAAGGCGCUCUCCCUCGCCGCCGCCACCGCGGUCGUGCUCUCCACCGGUCCGGCGUUCGCGAACACGGCCAUCGAGCUCACGGACAAGCGCGCCGAGCAACAAAACGGGUUGCAGCUCAUCUACGAGGCUCGUGACUUGGACUUGAGCAACAAGCCGAACGCCGAGGGUAACUCGCGAUUCUCCUUCCAAAAGCUCGGCUCGACGGAGACCGCGGCGCGCGCGCGAGAGUCGGUGGCCCGCAUCAACGGUGACGUUGGCACGUACGUCGAAAAGAAGUACUGGACCCAAGCGGCGAACGAACUCCGCCGCCAAGUCGGCACCCUUCGCUUCGACAUCAACAACCUUGUCAACGAGAAGGGUGCUAAUGCUGCCGAGGCCAAGGCGUUCUACAAGAAGCUCGAGAACCUCGACUUCUCCAUCCGCCAAAAGGACCAAGCCGCCGCCACGGCGCUUCUCGCGGAGGUCCAAUCGACCGCCAACACGCUCAUCAGCUCCCUCGCGUAA